AUGCCCGUUGUUUUGGUCCGCCCGACCAAUCGGACGCGCUGCCUGGAUUCUACGGGUGCAGAGAUGGGCCCUUCCUCCCGACCCGAGGACUUCCCCAUCCCUACCAGAACGCAUUGCGCUGGGUGCACAGCCUGGCGGUCCAGCCCUGACAUGGAAACAGCGCUGCAUUGCCAGCACGGCUUCUACCCAGAGCAGCAGCACUGCCAGAGCCCGCACUGCCAGAGCCCGGAGUCCCCGCACUGCCUCAGCCCGCACUGUCCCAGCCCCGAGUCCCAGCUCUGCCUCCAGCAGGACGGCUCCUGCCUCCAGUGUAACCGCUGCCCCUUCCCCGGGGACCACCUCCCGCUCCUGCGGACCUCUUCCCCCCUCACCGGGGCAUUCCGCGCCAGCUCCUCGCCGCUGUCCUCCGCCUCCUCCCGCCAGGGCAGCCAGCUCAACGUGAGCGAGUGGACUCCUUCCAGCCAUGCCAGUGUGCCCAGACACCCCCCCCAGCACUCCCAGCACCAGCACCCCCAGUACCAGCAGUGCCCCAGCCGGCAGCAGGCGAGCCCCAACAGCCAGCGCCGGGAGAGCAACCCCUUCACGGAAAUAGCCAUGAGCAGCUGCAGGUACAACGGCGGGGUGAUGAGACCGCUCAGCACCCUGAGUGCCUCCCGCAGGAACCUCCACGAACUGGACUCCGAGUCCCAGCCCCUGCAGCCCCAGCCGCCCGGAUCCAGCGCGGCCCCCGAGAUCGUGGUGUCCAAACCCGAGCACAACUCCAAUAACUUGGCCCCUUACGGCUCGGGGGUGGUGGGGGGCGCCGGAGGGGGUGGGCUGGGGGGAAGCUGCAGCAGCACGGCCGGGGUUGGGGGGCAAAACAACAAUGGGAGUAAGAGCAGCAAGAAGAAGAACCAGAACAUUGGCUACAAGCUGGGCCACAGGAGAGCCCUGUUUGAGAAGAGGAAGCGCCUGAGUGACUAUGCCCUGAUCUUUGGGAUGUUUGGGAUCGUGGUGAUGGUCAUUGAGACAGAACUUUCUUGGGGAGCCUAUGACAAGGCUUCGCUGUACUCAUUAGCUCUAAAAUGCCUUAUAAGCCUUUCCACGAUUAUACUGCUUGGUCUUAUUAUUGUAUACCACGCAAGAGAAAUCCAGUUGUUUAUGGUGGAUAACGGCGCUGAUGAUUGGAGGAUAGCCAUGACCUAUGAACGCAUUUUCUUUAUCUGUUUGGAAAUACUGGUGUGUGCCAUUCAUCCCAUACCAGGAAACUAUAAAUUCACAUGGACAGCCCGGCUUGCCUUCUCUUAUACACCAUCUAUAGCGACAGCUGAUGUGGAUAUUAUUUUAUCUAUACCAAUGUUCUUAAGACUGUAUCUUAUUGCCAGAGUUAUGCUUUUACACAGCAAACUUUUUACUGAUGCCUCAUCAAGAAGCAUUGGAGCACUAAAUAAAAUAAACUUCAAUACCCGUUUUGUAAUGAAGACUUUAAUGACAAUAUGCCCUGGAACAGUACUGUUGGUUUUUAGUAUCUCAUUAUGGAUAAUUGCUGCAUGGACUGUCAGAGCCUGUGAAAGGUACCACGAUCAACAAGAUGUUACUAGCAACUUUCUGGGAGCCAUGUGGUUAAUUUCAAUAACUUUUUUAUCGAUUGGAUAUGGUGAUAUGGUACCGAAUACUUACUGUGGAAAAGGAGUGUGUUUACUUACUGGAAUAAUGGGUGCUGGCUGCACGGCACUUGUUGUAGCUGUGGUUGCAAGGAAGCUAGAACUUACCAAAGCCGAAAAACAUGUUCAUAACUUUAUGAUGGAUACCCAGUUAACUAAAAGAGUGAAAAAUGCAGCUGCUAAUGUUCUCAGGGAAACAUGGUUAAUUUAUAAAAAUACAAAACUGGUCAAAAAGAUAGACCACGCAAAAGUCAGAAAACAUCAGAGAAAAUUCUUGCAGGCUAUCCAUCAGAUGCAAUCUUUCCUCACCAAAAUCAAGAACCUGUGCCUGGGAGGAUGCGUGGUCAAUAGAAUCAUGUACUGGUUUGAUGAAGCCUUGUUGAAGACUACAGUCAGUGUCUAUCUUAUUAGUAGUGAAGUUCUGCAGACGUGUCUUCUCUCGAAUGUUAACUGAUGGACCCCGUCUGUUCGCAUAUGUAUGCUUGGACUUCUUACCUACCUUAAAUGCAAAUGUCUUUGUGUGGUUUUGAAUUUUUUAAGGUUUUACAGGUCAAUAAUAGGCACUCACAUAAUACUUAUUAUUAACUUUAAUUCCGGUAAAGAAGGAUUGCACUUAAUAAAGAGAUACGAGUUCUCAUGACUUUGACAGUCACCUUUAAACAUGCCUUUUUUGUAUGUAGAAUUAGAGUGUACCAGCUUCACAUGUGACUCAGUAACACAGACAUAAACUCUUGAUAAUGGACUGAUUGAGAGCUCAUAUCUUUUCCCUGUUUGUUCUACACAUAUUCUGUGGACCUAGGCCAGUUUUGGCCAUCAUAUGCUUGUCUAUACUAGCCAUCAUCUCUCUUUGACUGCAACAUUCUUGCUGAAACUUAUUUUACAAGUGCAAAGGUACCCUAUAAAAAUACACACAUAUCAUAAAAAUUGUUACAAUCACCAAGUCUUUUUCACCUGCAACACACACACACUCAAGUUUUACCACAGUGUUUGAUGUAAAUUCAUAAAUAUGUAGUAUGUAUUUUAACUUAUAAGUGGUAAAUUAGCUAGUGUGUGUGUUAAAGGAUCAGCCUAGGAACCAUAACCA